AUGCGUCUCGAGCAACUGGUCUCGGUAGCAGGUCUGCUACUUAGGUCCGUGGCGAACGCGAGCCCUGUUUCGUCCCACAACAGCAUCGCUGCAAGGGAUGGCGACCUGGCUGCAACUGACAGGCUCGUCUUUGCGCACUUCAUGGUCGGCAUCGUAGGACUACGCAACAAAGUCUCAGACUAUGAUGUAGACUUCAAGAGGGCAAAGGAGGUCGGCAUUGACGCCUUCGCGCUCAACAUCGGCAAAGACCCAUAUACGGAGACACAGCUGGAUCUGGCUUAUGAGGCGGCUGUCAAUAACGGGCUAAAAGUAUUCAUCUCCUUCGACUUCAACUGGUAUAAACCCAAAACCGAAGCAGACGUCGUCGGCGGCUUGAUCGCCAAGUACGCAAACAAGCCAGGCCAGCUCAUCGUCGACGGCAAGAUCUUUGCAUCCUCCUACGCAGGCGAUGGUCUGAACGUGACCGCGAUGCGCGAGGCGGUCGCCGCCAAUACCGCCACCGAAGUCUUCUGGGCUCCCAACUUCCACCCCCCGACGGUCCCCUCUCUAUCAGGCCAGCCAUAUGUCGAGACCUCCGAGGGUCUCGAUGGCGCGCUGAACUGGUACGCCUGGGACACCAACGGACAAAAUAAGGCCCCUACCGCUGGCGCCAACGUCUCAGUCCAGUACACCGAUUCGGAAUACAUCAAGUGGCUGCAAGGAAAGCCGUACAUCGCGCCGGUAUCUGCUUGGUUCUUCACUCACUACGGGCCUGAAGUAUCGUACAGCAAGAACUUCGUCUUUCCCGGCGACCUGCUGUGGGCGAGACGCUGGCAGGAUGUGCUCAGUUUGGGCCCGAGAUUCGUUGAGAUAGUGAGUUGGAACGAUUUUGGCGAGAGUCAUUAUGUCGCUCCGCUGGGCUCAUCACACAACGAUGACGGCGGGAGCAAGUGGACUCUGGGUAUGCCGCAUGACGGAUGGUUGGAUAUGGCCAAGCCGUUCAUCAGGGCUUUCAAGUCGGGCGCCACGACUGUGGAUGCCAGUCACAUCGAUGACGACCAGCUUGUGUACUGGUAUCGUCCCAACCCGUCUACCACGAGCUGUGACGCAACCGAUACCACCUUCGGCCGUCCCGCCAACAACGACUCCGGGAAUUACUUCGAGGGCCGGCCGAACGGCUGGCAGACUCUUUCAGAUAGUGUCUUCGUCGUUUCUCUCCUCAAGGAGCCCGCCAUGGUCACGGUACGUUCGGGCAACAAUACCCAAAAUUUCAGCGCUUCCGAGGGUACGAACUUCUUUCAGGUUCCGAUCGGUCUCGGCGUUCAGAGUUUUGCAGUCAGCCGGGAUGGAAAGGCAAUUGUUUCAGCAACUUCGAGUAAGACCAUCUCGAACAGCUGCAUCUGCGGACUGUACAACUACAACGCUUAUGUCGGGACCGUGCCUGAGAAGACUUGGACUGAUCUAAGCGGCGCUUCCCUGGACAGCUUGGCGACAGGACUCGCCGGCCGGGUCGCCUGCUCCUUAACAGCCCAAAACACAUCCUACGACUACAUCGUAGUCGGCGGCGGCGCCGCCGGCCUCGUCGUCAGCGACAGACUCUCCGAAGCAGGCCACACCGUCCUCCUCCUCGAGCGCGGGCCCCCCUCGUCCGGCCGCUGGAUCCCCGCAGCGCAAGAGAACCAAGUGCCCUUCGACAACUGGCGCCCCGGCUGGCUCAACGGCACCAACCUCACGCGCUUCGACGUGCCGGGCCUCUCGCAGUACUUCUGGUCCAGCCAGAUCGACAUCGCCUGCGCCGACCAGGCCGAGAACCCCGCCGCGUGCGUGCUCGGGGGGUCGACCGCGGUCAACUCGGCGCUAUGGUGGCGGCCGCCGGCGGGGGACUUUGACGAGAACGGGUAUCCGCACGGGUGGGGGUCGGCGGAUAUGCGGGGCGCUGUUGGGCGCGCUUUCGCGAGGAUGCCGGCGACGGAUCGGCCUUCGCCGGACGGGAUCCUGUAUAGCCCCGAAGGGUACAAUGUUGUAGCGGGUGCGUUGGCGAAGGCCGGUUGGGCGAAUGUGACGGGAAAUGAGACGCCGGAUGCGAAGAAUCGGACGUUUAGCUACGCUAACUAUCACUAUCGGUUCGGAUACCGCAACGGGCCCAUGGAUACCUAUCUAGUCACGGCAUCAGCUAGACCUAACUUCGCUUUGUGGACGGACACCAGCGUACGCCGUGUUAUUAGGGACGGCGGCCGCGUGACGGGUGUGGAAAUAGAAGGAAGCGGCCGGGUUGUGAAUGUCACCUGUGGGACGGGGCGCGUGGUUCUGUCCGCCGGAUACUUUGGAUCGCCGAAGAUUCUGUUCCGAAGCGGAAUCGGGCCGGAGGAUCAGCUGAAGGUCGUGGCUGAGUCGCAGUCGGACGGAUCGAGCUUCAUCGACCGCGGACAAUGGCUACAGCUACCAGUGGGGAAGAACUUGAAAGACCACCAAGUGACGGAUUUCCAGAUAUCGCAUCCGUCUGUCAAGAACUACGACUGGUCGAACGGGAUCUGGGACGCGCCGGUCCAGGGAGAUCUUGACCAGUAUUUGCGGGACCGGAGUGGCAUGCUAGCCGGUCCCCCGAAUAAUCACGGGCCUAUGGCCUGGGAGACCCUCGAAGGAUCUCUGUUUUCCGACAAUACUCCGCGCCAAAUCCAGUGGACCACAAGAAUCCAGAAUCCUGGGCCGCCCAAUAAUCUCUUGACCUUGUCUUCAUUCGUUGGACGCGGCUCAUCUACUGUCGGGCGUCUCGCAAUCAACGGGAAUAUGACGAUAUCAUACGCCGAAAUCCCCUACUUCCAGACAGAAGAUGACAAAAAGGCCGCCGUGAUCGCCGGAGAACGUAUGGUCGCAGCUUUGCGUGCGAAUCCGGAGAUCACCUUGGUCAAGCCCGCACCUAACCAGACCGUUGCGGACUAUGUAAAUAGCAUCGCCAUUAGCGUCACAGCGCGUCGCGGUCUCCAUCUCAUGGGCACGGCUAGAAUGGGCACCGACAGUGGAUUAAACGGGGGAGAAGGUUACGCCGUAGUCGACAGCGACGCCAAGGUCUACGGGACUGAGAAUCUGUUCGUCGUAGAUGCGAGCAUCAUGCCUGGCAUGGUCACCGCCAACCCAACAGGUGCGAUUCUGUCCGUGGCGGAGCGGGCGGCGGAAAGGAUUCUGAACCUCCCACCUGAUCGCUUGAAAAAAGGGAUCACCAUGUUCCCCUUUAUCAAAUAG